AACUUCACCCUAACCAAUAGCCACGACUACAUCCUUCUAUCAGACCAAAUUCGGGUGCUUCGGAACAUUGCUAUUAACUACCCGCAAAGCUUACGCAACCGCAGGCGUACUCUAGUGCUGCAAUGCAUGAGAUUUUAACGCUACAGUUCGGUCAGCAGAGCAACUACUUGGGGACCCAUUUCUGGAACACGCAGGAGUCCUACUUUACCUACCCACCUGAUGAGGAGUCGCCAGUCAACCAUGACAUCCAUUUCCGAGCGGGGGUCGCCCCAGAUGGCUCCGAUACAUACACACCGAGGACCCUGAUCUACGACCUGAAGGGUGCUUUCGGUAGCAUGAAAAGAGUCAAUACCCUCUACGAGGCCGAAGAAGAUGUUAACGUGGAUCGAUCUGGAGUAUGGCCGUCAAAGCCAAUCGUUCAACGCGCUGCACCAAUUCAGCCAUCCCCGUAUCAGACACACCUUGAUGCAGGCCUUGAUCCCCCACCCCUUACUACGUCGACUGUGCGAUACUGGUCCGAUUAUUCGCGCGUCUUCUACCACCCCAAGUCGCUUGUACAUCUGUCCGAGUUCGAUAUGAACGAUAGUCUCAUGCCUUUCGAGAAGUGGGAAGUCGGUAUGGAGCUCUUCGAGAAGAUGGAAAGAGACGAGGACUUGGUGGACCGCGAUCUGAGACCCUUCGCCGAAGAGAGCGAUGGGAUGCAGGGUAUACAGAUCAUGACUGGCAUAGACGAUGCUUGGGGCGGAUGGGCUAGUGGAUGGCUUGACAGACUACGAGACGAUUAUGGAAAGCUGAGCAUCUGGACAUGGGGCCUCGGGGAUCAAGGAGGCAAUAUGUCGACUCCACGCGAGAAACGAUUGCAGCAGAUCGAAAACUCCGCACGCUCCCUUCACACACUUGCGGAGCAGUCCUCCGUGUACAUCCCAAUCACCAACGUGCCGAUCAAGCUCCCGUCUUAUCUCUCUAUGGUUGAUACCUCACCAUGGCACGUUGGAGCCCUUCAAGCGGUAGCUUUGGAAAGCGUAACAAUAUCUUCACGGCUGAGGACUGCUCUUGGCGGUAGAGGGACUCUCCAGGAUCUAGAAGCGACCUUCAACAGCACUGGAAAGCGUCGAAUUGCUAAAUUGGAAUUGAGCAUCGCUGAUCCAGAUGUGUUGUCCGAGAAAGCAUCAGCACAGAUUGCCCAGGCGGAAAAGGCUGGGUCCACCACGUCGCAUCAACCGAGCGAUAGCGAUGAGCAACUGACCAAGUUCGAUAUCGACACUUUCACCAAAGACUACAGGAUUGGGGCGUCACGGCCUACAAAGCGAAGCCAUGUUUUCGGUAGAGCGGAAGCAGCGCGAGGCGACUGGAACCUGACUGAAGACCGUGACCCUCACGAUAGGUUCGGAGAUGGCCCGGCCUUGCAGAGGUUUGCUGCACCGCUGCUUUUCCCACUCCUCGAUAGCUUUCCAGCAUCGAUAUUCGACAUUGGCACGGGAAAAGGCCAAAAAGUCGCCGUGCACUCGGGGCUCACGACUAGCACAGCAGUUGCUGAUCAGGUCCGGGCGGUUGAGCAGAUUGUGCGCCGCAUGCACAUGGUUGGCAUUGAUGAGCGCGAGACAAUCUGUAACGGACUGCAGACAAUGGCAGAAGAGUACGAUGAAGGUUGGGAUAGUGGGAGCGACAGCGACGAUGACGACUAAGAACCCCGUGGAUAUACUCGCCCUGUUAUCAAUAAAUGCAACGAUUCCCCACCGCGUUUCACGCUCUUGGAUUGGUCUCUAUGCCUCUCGCGCGGCACUGCCAGCAUGAGCCAGGCCUGUCACCGGUCCCAUCCGGAAACCUAUCGAUAGUGGCAGUUGGCGCUGCCCAAUACUUUCGAUACUGCGUCAUGCCGCCCGAUGAAUUGAUUUUUGGGUUUCUGUAAGCCACCGAAAGAAAGGUUGUUUGCGC